CAAAGACAGCUGUGAUCCCCUGGACUGAACCAGGUUUAGUCUUUGAGGAAUCUGACCUGCUUUUCUUCACUGGGACUUGAAUUGGACCUGGCUUUGAUCAUCCUUACCCGGGUUUAAGCUGGUAAUCUUCCUCCAGACCUGAUCGAGCCCGUUUCUUGUGGUCUAGAAGUGGAGUUGUGUAGAUGUGUUGGAGAUUGGACCUGCUUUUAGCCGUAGUUCUGUAAAUAAUACCAUUAAUUAGAACUUUCUUGGAGGAUUCCACUCACACAUAGACAGCACUGAACCAACAGCCUGAAGUGUGAACUGGUUGUCAUGCACACCAUCCACCGUCUGUGUCGAGGCUGCAUCGGGCAGAACCUGCCUCAGGUCAGCAUCAUUCGAGGUAAAGAUGGUUUUGGAUUCACCAUCUGCUCAGACUGUCCUGUCAGAGUCCAGGCUGUUGACCCUGGAGGCCCUGCUCACCGUGCUGGACUCCAGCAGAGUGACUCCAUCCUGCAGCUCAAUGGGCUCUCUGUAGAAACCUGGAAAUCUAUUGACCUCGCCCGUGCUAUCAGGGCUUGUCCAAGUCAAAUUGUGCUUGUGGUAUGGCGAGGGUUACCUGAGGUCAAGUCCAGCUGUCAUUGGAUGAUCCGCCCACCUGCAGGCAACAUGACAGUCAGGAAGCUUCAUCCACAUCAUCGCCGCAACAAAGAUGUUCACCAAAGUGGUCAGCACUCAAGGCUCAGGUCAAGUUUGGGGGUGCUGAGGUCAUUGUGGAGGGAUAAGACGGAUGUCAGAGAAGAAGAAGAGCAGGGGGAGGAAGAAGAGGAUCUGCUGGACUUUUCUUCUCAUACCACCACACUCAAAGGCACAUCUGUGACAUCAUCAAAUGGAGACAAUUACAUCAUCCUGUCUCCAGUCAGUGCAGGACUCCAGGUGCAGAAUGACAUCCUCAUGUGUCUGGACUCGAAAAGACCCAUGCUGCUGGUCAUGUUGGAUCUAACUGCAGCAUUUGACACUGUGGACCACUCUCUCCUCUGCAGACGUUUGCGAGAACAGAUCCCAUAUUCGGUGUACAGUGAGAAUAGCGCCACCAUGGGACGCCUGUACCAGACUAACCCCAGCAGGAGGAGCAAUCUCCUCCAGGACACGCCACAUGAAUCUGGAUUCACCAGUCACCAGCCUAAUGUGUUCCCAUCAUCCUCUUCUUCAGCCCUGCCCACUGGCUAUCAUGACUACCAGAAUUGUGUCUGGUCCCAUGUGUUCUGCUCCAGCCACGAGACCAAAGUCACCCUGGAACCUAAGAUCCACAUCUUCCCUGUCUUUGUUCAGCCUCUGGAUCUCUGCAGCCCAGACAGAACCCUGCUGAUGUCUGAGGUCAUGGUUCUGCACCAGUCCAGUCUGAUGCCCACCAAGGUGACUGUGUUCAUCUACAACGAUGUGCUGCUGCUGACCAGAGAGGAUGAAGCCGGACGCUUUACUGUUCUGCAGAGUCCACUGGACCUCAGUACGCUGCAGCUCAGAGAAGAGUCACCACAUUCGCUGCAGAUGGACUUCCUGCAGAUGACUCAGACCUACUUGCACCAUCUCUUCAGCCUGGAAGCCUUCAGCAUCGAGCAGAAGCUCAGGGUCAAACUCUGUCUCCAUGACAACAUCCCACCGCAACCUGUCCUCUUGGACAGCAGUGGAAGUCAACAGGUAUGGCAAAAGACUUUCUACAUCAAACCCUCUGAACAUGGUCUGGCGCUCAGCAAGAAAAACUGUGAUUGCUGGUUGACUGUCAACAGACCGGAAAGGGAACGCCCCCUCAAGACGACAGGCGCCCGAGCUGCCAAGAUCCCAGAGGACUUCACCUCCAGCUGUGGCAGCGCACAGGUCAAUGUGGACUCGUCCAUCAGGGAGACAACCAAUCGGACUCUCCACAACAGUGUCCAUCUCUCCUCCUCCUUCCAACUGGCCUGGGACCAGUUCUUCGACUUAAUGGAGAUUGACAGAUACCCAGAAUUCCCAAGCCCCCACCUUUAUACCCUGCUGGCCAAUGAGAGCAGACCUGUGUCUGUGGCGGGUAAUAAUGACACAGCAGCAGUUAGCCAAUAAGAGCCUGCCUCAACUUCUGAGCACAUCAACAAAAAUAUUUGCUUCAUUCAAAGUAAAGAAAGGGGGGUUUGGGGGGGGGGGGGCAUACGAUGAGAUUUUAAUAAUUCAGUUUAUUAAAAGAAUAAAUGUAAGCUAACUCAGAAAUGCUUUAAUCAGCGACGUCUCACAUUCACUCGUUCACAAUCUGACGUCAGUGAGCUGAAGGCACUGAUGGUGGCUCUGCGGGUGGGGAAUUGAACUCA